UCAGACUGUUAAUUGUUGUGCAAGCCUUUGAGUUUGUCCCUCCAAAUAAUUGGCAUUGACAUGGAGGAGUCCUGCGGUUUUUUGGGAAAGUGGAGGAAAUCACAGAGGAUGCUAGUUUCUUUCGUACUGUGUGCUGUCCUGCUGACAGGAAGGAGUGUAACUCAGGAUGAUGACUGGAUUGAUCCAACAGACAUGCUGAAUUAUGAUGCAGCUUCAGGAACAAUGAAGAAACCUGAUAAAGUGAUUCAGGGUGAUUCUGAAAAUAAGGAAGUGCCAAAAGAGGCUGUGAAAGAAGAAAAUAUUGUGGCUGUUUCCAGGUGCCAAAAUAAAUUAGAUUCUCUCAUUCUUAAGCUUGCAGAUUAUGAAAAGAAAGAUAAAGCCAAAUUCUAUGAAAGCAAUAGCAUUCACAUUUUUAAGAGAUACUUGAAUAAGAUAUUAAUUGAAGCUGGAAGACUUGGUCUGCCUGAUGAUACCACUGGGGAUAUGCAUUACGAUGCUGAGAUCAUCCUUACUAAACAGACUUUUAAUGAAAUUACCAGGUUCCUUAAUGAAGAGGGCUGGAAAUCAGCUCCUUUAGAUGAUGCACUUAGUAAUAUUCUGAUCAAUUUUAGACAUCAUGACUAUGAAGCUUGGAAAUGGAAGUUUGAGGAUAUGUUUGGGGCUGAUCCAUAUGAUGUCUUCAUGGUACUUUUAUGUAUAGUGUGCAUUACAGUAAUCGUUGCUACAGAACUGUGGACACACAUUGGUUGGUUUACACAGCUAAAACGUAUUAUGUUCAUAUGUUUUCUCAUCAGUUUUGGAUGGAACUGGAUGUAUCUAUAUAAGAUAGCCUUUGCUCAGCAUCAAGCUGAAGUGGCAAAAAUGGGAAAUUUUGAUAAAGUGUGUGCUGAGAAUAUUCACUGGAGUGAUGGCCUUCUGGAAUGGUUUAGAAGUUCAUGGACUUUCCAAGAUGAUCCUUGCCAAAAAUACUAUGAAACCCUAUUAGUAAAUCCAGUAUUACUCGUUCCUCCAACAAAGGCAUUGGCUGUUACAUUUACCAAUUUUGUAACGGAGCCAUUGAAGCAUAUAGGGCAAGGAAUUGGUGAAUUUAUUAGAGCGCUCAUGAAAGAAAUCCCAAUGCUGCUGCAGAUUCCAGUGCUAGUCAUCAUAGCAGGGGCAGUUUUGAUUUUCUGCUACGGGGCAGGAAGAUCAGUUACUACGCUAAGGCAGUUAACCUACCAGGACAGACAACCACCUCCUGCACUUCCCCCAAGGCAUGAGCAAAAACAAGAACAAAUACUGUAUCAACGACAGAAUGGUUCGGGCGAUAAAGGUGGCUACUUGAUGGAAGACAAUCGCUGCAUCGAGAGAGGGCCUUUUGAUAGAGGCGAUGCUUCAGCAGAAAGAUACAGGCCCAAAAACUCGGAAGGUGGCAGCAAAGCCAACAUUGAGGUUUUACGACCAGGUGAUAUGGUAGAUACACCAGCGGAAAAGCAUACCAAGUUGGCUGUCCAGAGUAAACUGGUUUCAGAAGAAGAAAAUUCACAAAAAGAAUCAGAAAAAAAGAACAGUGAAGACCACCCGGGUGGAUUGUAUUCUAAAUCAAACGAUCUGGCUACUGAUAGAAUAGUGAAAAACAGCACAGAUGAAAGCUUGGAUGAAGCAACCACCAUUGAACUAAACAAACCUAGCCACGUACAAAAACCCACAAAAGGGAAUGGAGAUGAAGCAAAAUGUACCGUUAAUGAGGACAGGAGCAAGACACAAGAUGCAAUGGAGACCACAGGGUUUAAGAGGAAAGAGAGCAGCUCAUGUGGAUUGGAAGAACCCACAGAGAAAAUUGCAGAAAGUUUGGGCUUUACUGAACAAAAUCAGAGGAACACUGCUUCCUGAUAGAACUUCACUUUUACCAGGGAUUUUUUUAAUGCUUCUACUUAAAAAAGAGAAAACAAUGAAGUGGCCAUUCUUGAAUCCAGGGAAUGGUUUACUUUAUCACUUGUCAAUACUCCACUACUUCAUUGCAUAUUAGUUAGGAUAAUACAGGCACACUGAGAUUUAAAUUAUGUUUAUCAGCGAUUUGUUUCCAUACAGCAACUUCAACCUAUUUAAAAGCAUCUUUUGGAAGAAUCAUAUUCUGACUUGAAUUAUACAUAAUAUGUUCUAGGGGUUUUAUAUUUACUACUUGUCAUUGAAAUAAAAACUUCAAUAUAC